AAUAUGAAGACCAAAUAUUCCAUGUCUGACCUAAAGUCCAAAUAUGCUGAUAAAUCUUGGAAUGAGACCGUUCAGCUGGUGCGAAGAUGUAUGGACAAAACAAAAGCAGACAGCAGAGUUUGUGAGCCAAUCACAAAGUGUCUUCAGAAGAUCAACGAGGCACUCAAUGUGUCCUCCCUAAAAGCCAUGGUGUCCAGACUGGAAAUGGUUGCCAAACAAAGAGGAUUGGGAUCACACUUAAGCCCCACAGAGACUGUGUGUUAUCUGACAGCAGACCUGUUUUACAUUGAGGUGGUGAUGUUGCCAGGGGGCCAAGUGGAAGACGUGAGGGUGGCCCAUCACGGUGAAGUUCCUGUGUCAAGCACAUCACUUCUUCACUUGCUAAGGAUGAAGAAAUUUCAAGUCUUCUCUCUGAAGUUGGAGGACCUUGCCUCUUUUUACAAUAUACCAGGAGACAGUGAUGUGAAGAUUAAAAUCUACACCUCCCUUCGGCACCUGGAAUGCGAUCUUUUUAAGAUAUCGCAUUUACCAAGAUCUUUGAGACAAAGUGACCUUCAUGUUGACCUCAUUCUGAAUGGCAGGAUUGGGAACGUCCAGCCGGGCAAAGAGGGAACACCAAUGAAAAUCGAGUACUAUAUAAGUCCAUUAGAUGUUCUGAUGGGGAUGCCAAGCACGGGCGAGGUUAGUCACGGCCAGGUUGCCUUGGUAACAGUGGGGAGCAGUGACACCUCACACAGGCUGCAGAUGGAAUCCUUGAUCCCUUCUCCGCCCCAGGUCGACUCAUUUGGGUUUUCGGUAUUUCAGCCGCUCACUGAAUCAUGCUCUGAAUUACUGCCUGCCACCUUUCUCCUCAAACUGCAGCCACCACUACCCAUGCUUUCAUCCUUCAUUGAGAAAAUGGCCAAGAUUACAGAUGGUGUUAUACCUAAAACACCCCUGCAGGUGGAGCCUCUACCUCAGCUUCUCAUGAAGACCAGCACCAGCUUGAAGAACUCAAAGAUGUCCUGGGCAGAGGUGGUUCAGUUUAUUGUGCCACUGCCGGCCUCUGAGUGCCACAGUUAUGUGCUUUCUGGGGCUGAAUGGGACCAUGAGGCAUGGAAAGGAGCCCUAAUUCACACAGUCCCCUUCUCUCAUCCUGGCCACGUCCCUGUUUUACUGGAAAUCCUUCGCCAUCAGUCUGCUAUCAAUGUACUACUGGCGAGCUGUCUCAGUAACCCCAACCACCACAUAGAUGCUGGCUCAUUGUAUGACCUGAGAUGCGAGAUCCUUCCAGAAUCAGACCACUGCCUUUCUGUUACCUUUAGUCUUCCAGAUGGCAACCACCUGGCUGUCCUUCUGGUGAUGGUUGUAGAUUCUCGUCAGGUGAGCUGCAGACUUCUGAUGCCUGAUUUCAUGGAUCAUAAACUAGAUGACUACAUAUCCAGAGUCCUUAUGCGGUGUAUGUCCAUUCCCAUAACAAUGAGGGCCAUACGCAGGAAAGUGGCCAGUGUGAUGACCCCUCCCUUGCCUGCAGCUGACCAAGAGCCCACUACUGAAAUGGAGGGCAUCUCUUCAACAACUCCUCCCCAAGUGGCUGAUAAUGCUAAUACAGAUGCUAUUGCUAACCCUUCUUACUGUGCUUCUCUGAGUGUCUAUUCACACUGGGUGACCAGUGGUCAUCCUGCAGAGAUUCUAUAG